AUGGAUCCACCCCAAAGGGGAUCUUCUGAUCUCCGCUUUAAGGAAUGCGGAGCAGUUGUUACCCAAGCCUCGCGCCACUUUGCCACCCUUUCAACCUUUCAAUCAUCCGUCCUUUAUCUCCCCGCGGACCCCACCGAGUCUCACAGUCGGUCCUUCAUCAGUAUUCUGGGAGUAACACUCGAAUCCCUCGUCAUGAAGCCAUUCAACAAAGAAUUUCCCUCGGAGCUUUGGCCGCUCAUCCUCCGUUGGCUUCGCAAUCCCACUCCCCUUCCGUCUUCCCGCCCACCACGCUCGGAGCUCGCUCAGCCGCAUUUAGCUCAGACCGUCCGGGUCAGCAAGUACUUCAACUCCAUCGUCGAGCGUCUCCUCUACACACAUGUUAUAAGCGAGGACUUCCCCGGUCUUUUCGCGGUCCCUGAAUCGGCGCCCGGACGUCGCUUCACCUUGACAAAGUCGCUCAAGGUCGAAUACUGCUCGAAAACGACGGACGUGACCUACCGGACCAUCUUCUCCACCCCGGCGGCCGGAUCCCAAACGUCCCCCGAGCACUCGGUAUGGCGAAACGUCGGGCUCUCCCGCCAGGAGCAUGAGGCGGGCUUGGACCUCGCUUGCGAAGCCGAGAUCGCGCGCAUUCACAUUCUUACUUGCCGCUUCCAAGGCGAGCUCGGCGGCGAGAAGAGAUCAAUGGCGGAUGUCCUGCCGAGACUGGAGACAAGGGCGAUCAACUCCAUCUACGCCUCGGAGGAUGACGCGUACCACCGGUACGAGCGGAAUAUCAUGGACGGAUCGAGGGAAAAGGAGAGGAUGCAAGUUAGCGUGAUCAUGUUUGCCGAGUUCCUCAAGUCGGGGAAUCUACGUCACUUCUGUAUCCUGGACAACCUCGGACCCCUCAGUCUGCCACUCGUCAGCUACGCGUCAUUCCAAGGCCCUCCUCACACGCUCUCGGUCCAUUUCUCCCGUCUUUCGGGCGCUCGGUUCCCAGUCUCCAUGGGUCGGAACAUCCGGUGGGCGUACGAUGGGCCACCGAAUGCGGACAUGCGAGAAUAUUUCGGCGAGAUGUCACGAGACCUCAUGCUCGUCGCGAAGCACAGGAAGGCUCUCGUCGCAGGUCCCGGCAAUAGCGGGACGAAUCGGCCGCGACCGGCGAAUUCGGACGUCGCAGACGUCGAUAUCUACAUGUCAUCAACUAUGCUCAGUCCCGGUUUCGAGCCGGCGUAUACCAGCUUUUACCCCAACGCGGCGAUCGAACUCGACGCACGGGCGCUGUCAAUCGACAAGGAGAGGGUAAUGGUCAGGUUGCUGGGCGCGGAAUGUCAGACCCACAUGAGGAAGAGCUCGGGCCUCCUGGAUGUUGUACGGUGGCACCCGACCUGGGAGGCGCCAAUCUGCGAGGCGUGCGGGGUGGGAUGGGUUUAG